GGGGGAAAAAAAAGGCCUCUGUUGUCACUGUGAAGUCGAAGGCGGUGAGGGGACGGUUAGCGUUAGUCGCGCGUUUGCGCUCCGCGAGACUGCCCGUCUGUGCUGGUUUCCCUCAUAGGAAACGGCGACGCUUUUCACCUUUUUGAAUCCUGUAGUGUUGGUUGCGGUGUUUCCUUGGAAGUUUUUGAAUCUCCUUUUAAGCGGAGUAGCCAUUUCUGGGAGAUAAGGGAGCCGAGUGUGUGUGUGUGUGUGUUUUGGCUGGGUUUCUUGCUUAGUGGGAGCCGCACGAGGAGAGGGGGGUGGCGGCUCCUAAAUGACGCUCCACCUUAUGGAACGAGGCGGCUUCCCAGGACGGUGUUAAAGGGCGGCUGAGAAGAGGGUUCCGACAUCUGCUCCCUUCCUUUGUGUCCCCCCCAACCCCACCCCACACGCGUUUUGGGUUUUUGUUUUUUUGCUCGGCCCCGGCUGACUAUGGAGGUGCUGGAAGGUGGGGAGCAGAACUUGUUCCAGUGGGAUCGAAAGUUGAGUGAGCUGUCGGAACCGGUGGACUCCGAGGCCCUCCUCUACAACACGCCCUUCACAGAACUCCUUGAUGACUUUUCCCAGGAUGUUUUGGGACAGCUCUUGAACGAUCCCUUCCUGUCUGAGAAAAAUGAGAUGAUGGAAGUGGAGUUAUCACCAGUUUCCCCAGCUCCCCUCAUCCAGGCAGAGCAUAGCUAUUCCCUUUGUGGGGACUCUCGGCCGCAGUCGCCAUUGACCCAUAUUUCAGCUGAUGACAAUUUCAAUGAAGCUGACUUGGAAAAUGAAGACUGGUGCCUGGGAUCAGAGCUGACGUCAGCCAACAUAAAGACAGAACCAGCAGUGACUGAAGCAUCUGGCCUUGCUCCCUCAGGCAGUCUUACUGCUUCGCCCAACCCCACCAUCCUGGAGGGGGAAGAGCCACUGAUGCAGGAUGAUGGCCCAACUAAAUCAGAGAGUCACAACGUUCUUCCUGAGAUUAAAUUGGAGCCACAUGAAGUGGAUCAGUUUCUGAACCUUUCAUCCAAGGAAGUGGUGGAUACUCUACACAUGCCUCCAACACCCCCCAGCAGCCAUGGUAGUGAUUCUGAGGGUGGACAAAGCCCAACCCGGUCCCUCCCACCAUCAAGUCCCACCCACUUGCAGGCCACUGUUAAAGUGACAUCACGCACAGCUUCCGCCCUUACCAAUUCACCUCUCUUAACAGCACCACAUAAACUUCAGGGCACAGGUCCUCUAAUCUUGACAGAGGAGGAGAAGAGAACUUUGAUAGCAGAAGGCUAUCCCAUCCCUACAAAACUUCCCCUCACCAAAGCAGAAGAGAAAGCACUGAAGAAAAUCCGUAGAAAGAUCAAGAACAAGAUUUCUGCCCAAGAAAGCAGGAGGAAAAAGAAAGAAUACAUGGACAGCCUGGAGAAGAGGGUUGAGACCUGCUCAACUGAGAACAGUGAGCUUCGCAAGAAAGUGGAAGUUCUGGAGAAUACAAACAGAACACUCCUGCAGCAAUUACAGAGGCUCCAAACCAUGGUAGCUGGCAAAGUGUCACGGUCCUGUAAAGCUGCUAGUACACAAACAGGGACGUGUCUCAUGGUUGUAGUAUUAUGCUUUGCAAUUAUUUUGGGCAGCUUUUCGCAGAGUUUUGGGCCUCAUUCCUCCAUCACAAAAGCUGUGCUGCCAACCCAACAUUCUACACCAGAGUCAUAUACAGCAUCAAUAGUGAGAUCAAGGAGCCUCUUGACUUACGAGGGGCCUUAUCCAUUGGAGGAACAGCCCCUGUCAGAUCACAGCAAUGGCUGGGACAGGCACCUGGAUGCCUCCAAAACCCUAUCUUUGGAACCCAUGUCCAAGUCACAACCCAGUCAGAUUACAGAGAUCACAAUAGCCAACGAGACAAGGCUAGAAAAGUCAUUGCUGGUGGGGCUGCAGCAGCACAGAAUCAGUUCGGAGCUGGAUGCAAAUGAAACACUAAAGAUUGUUGAAAUUGACAGAAGAGUCAAUGCUACAUCAUAGGAGAAAGGAACAUUCCCUCCCACCCUUACAUCUUUACUUUUGUACAAAAGAUCAGAAGGACUUCUCACUGUCAGUAAAUCUCAAUAGCGAGAAUGGACAACUUCUCUGAUUUCUUUUAUAUGAGAAAGUGGCUUUGGUUUUCUUGCCCUGUUUUUUUUUAAAUAGUAACUAUCAUGCCUGAUUUUUACCAUAAUAUUCAUAGUGGGACGAACUAUGUUGAUAAUAUUUUGAUGAGCCGCCAAUGGUAGGAUGUUGACUUCAGUGAAAAUCUCUUCUGGAGCUUCCAUAAUCAUGGCAAAACAAAACCAUAACCAACAUUUUUCCUAUCUUCUCUAGAAGAAUUGGACUGUAGACAUGUUCUUUGUUGAACCUCAGUGGACAAGAAUGGUUAGUUCUGGCAAAAAAACUUUGGUUUCGCUAGACUCAGAGGUUUCAUAAUUCCUUUCCUUCCAUGGUGACAUCUCUGUAAAAACUGAAAAGGAUUGGGGUCAUCUUUCAGUACUUUAGUUUAAUUUUUCCCAAUCUGAUGACUUCUUGCUGUGUUGAAACUACAACUCCCGAAAUACCCACUAAGCCUAGUUAUAGAGAAUGUAUACCAGAUUCUCAUGUGGAUAUGAGAAUCUGGUUGCUUAUAUUCCCCUAUAUCUUAUACUCUCUUGUAUCUUUCUGUUGUAAAUAGUAUUUAUUAAGUUUUUUUUCCCUAUGAUCCAAGCUGGAAUGACAAAUCAAGGUUGUAAGUUCUUUCAAAUGAUCUUAGUGGACUUUGAAAAUCUUCCAAAACUUCUUUUAGACUCCAGGCAUUAAACUUUUAAAAGUUUAAUUUAAAUAAAUCCCCCCCCCACUUCCUAACAUGUUAUUUUGUCCUCUCUGUUGUAUUUGUUUUAAGCUUUUGGCUGUGAAACCAGCAAAAAUUUCAAUCUCAACAAUCUCAAUUUCUAUCAUUUUAAAUGAUCAGAACUUUUGGGAAGGAAUUAUUAGUAUCGAAAUAUUAAAAUAUCACCUCCUCUAUAAAAUACAGUUGCAUGGGACCCUUCAUCAAACAAUUACUUAUAUACUUAGAGUUAAAAAAAACCAUUUCUCUAAAUCACUUUGCAGUGGGGGGAUUUUCAAAUAUCAAACUUGGGUAAAAAUGUUUAUUUUAAGGCACUGUAUUAUUCAUUAUGUGAUCAUUGAUUCCAGAUGUCUGUAGCUAAUAGAUUUUGUAUAGCUAGUGGGUGGGCUCUAAAAUAAGAGAAUGUUAUUUUAAACUGUCUAUUUAUGGGAAUCAAUUAUGGGGUUGUGAUGCUCUUAAUAAUUGAGUAGUAGGUAGACAGUGUAUUUCUUUUGCUAUGUAUAUGCUUUGAUUGUAUUCAUUGCUUUUUAUUAUUAUGCAAAGUAAAGUAUUUUAACUAGUUUAAUAUUUGUGUAUUGGAUGUUGACCGAUGCAAAUUGGUAGCUUUCCCAUUCUAUAAGAAUCUGACAAUUUGCUUCUCCUUUUUCUUUUAACCCUAGAAACAUUCAAUUCAUGAUGUAUAAAUCUGGGUUGAAUGUCAAAUUUAAAAUGUCUUUCAAGAAAUAUCUGAGAAUAGGAAUUCCCCCCCAAUCCUUAAUUUUGAGGAGUGGGUGCUAUCUAGUCACAGUUUGGCUGUCAAUAAAAUGAAUGACUAAUAUUAAUUGCCAGUUGAGGCUGGUUUCUCAAGUUCUCAAAAGCCAGAAGGCCAUUGUGCAGUCUCAGGUGGACUCCCAGUAUAAAAAUGUAUCUUUAGCAUCCCCUCUCUCACUUUGUGACAAAAAUAAUUCUUCCAUAGUUGCUAAUUGAAAUGAAACUGCUUUUUUAUAUUGUUAUGUUGAAGGUAUACUCCAACCCUGUGUACUCCAGCUGGUCAUGUUGAUUUGUUACCCUGUUUCACUCACUCUCAAUAGCCUUGUACCCGAGCCUUGUAAAUCUGAAUCCCACACUUCAGAGCCCAGACUUGUUGGUUCUUGUGCAGUAGAACAUUUUACCCCUCCCAUAAAGAAUAUGAGCUCUUGCAAAGAAAGACAGAAUUUAUCAACCAGCUUUAUAUAUCUUUAAACUGCCUAAGGAGACACAAUUUUAAAAAACCUGAAAGAUAAAAGAUGCUGGUUUAUGUUGAAAACUUGUAACAUGCUAUUAGGGAGCCUUCCUUUAUUCAUAAACACAGUUGUUACAAGAUAAACAUCCUUGUGACAUCAAUGCCCGGUGGAGUAAUCGGUCCUUCUCAUUUUGUUUAGUUUUGCAUAUUUAAAAAUCAGAAUAACAAGUUGAGGUAUUUGAAGACUUUAGAACACUGCUUGGAGUUUUGAGUGGUUAUGGCUCAUUUGAAAGGCAGAAUUAUACUGUGCAGGGCAACAUUUCCUCCCCCCCUUUUUUUCCCCUUCAAAAAAGAAUGGGGAAGAACUGUCUAAGAACAGUAUUUAUUUAUAAAUAGAUGCACAUUAGCUAAAUGUAAUUUAACUCUUUAUGAAGAUAAUUUUCCGAACCCUUUUUGCUCUAUAAUUCUCCAAACCACACCAAUCUUGUUACAAAUCGUGAGGUGCAUAGAGACAGAUGACAUAUGGUAGAUAGAUAUGAUAGAUGAUAUAUGGAAGUCAGUGGCUGUGUGGUAAUUUGAUGCUUAAAUGUUUGUAGAAUGGGCACUGUUUGAACCUUGACAAUAGCAGGAAGUGAUAAUAAGACAAUUAUCCUGCCACUGUUAAGAAACACAAAAUAUAUCACACUAAUUCCUUAGCAAUACAAUAAAUACAAAAAAGUAAUACAAAUGCAUACUAAAAUAUAAACUAGAAUCAGUUUGGUAAAGUGUUUUGAGAUGCUGGAUUAGAAACUGGGAGAUUAUGAGUUCACCCUUAGGCAUGAUAGCUGGCUGGAUGACUUUGGGCCAUUUACUCUCUCUCAACUCACCAGGGAAAAUAGGAGAUCUAUGUGCUAUAUACCUGCCACCUUGGGUUGUAGGGAUAUCCAAAUAAAGUAGGAUAAAAUUAAAUGAAUAAAUACACUGAAUACCAACUUUGCAAUGGAUGGGGCAUAGAUAUAAUUUACAGGCUGGUUGAAAUGAAAGUGCAAUUUAAUUCUCCUUGAUUUUCUGUGCAAAAAAUUAAAGGAUCUUCGGACCCAUUUUAGCAUCUUUUCUCAGGUGCUGAAUUCAAAGUUGGGUAAGCAUAUCCGCCUUGAUUGGCUUCUUUCAAGGCUAAAUGUUUUAUAAAAUUUAAAUCAUUCUGAUUCUUGGUCCCAUCUAUUUUGUGAAGUGUGGCUCUAAUUAUAUAUCACUUAAAAUGGGUCUCUCUUGUGUAUGUUGUACUUUAGGUUGAAAAUCUGAAAAUGUUGUCAAUGGGACAGUGUCUUUAUUUAUUUAUUUAUAAAUAAAUUUAUUUAUAAAUUUAUAAAUAAAUUUAUUUAUUUCAUUCAUAAAGAUACUGACAUUCAGGCUAAACCUUUUCUUAUCCUUGAAAUAUAGAUUAUGAUUUUAUACAUUGCAAUGCAUAAUCCUAUUAAAAUCAGCAGAAUUAGACUCAUACGAUGUCUUUCUGCAUCCCAGUUAGGGGCUAUAUACAUUAAAGUUCCCUGGAACUUUCAUAAAUUAUUACUGCCUUUUAGAGAACCUUAUUAUAAGUUAAGUUUUCAUUUGUUAUUAUAAGUCAGCUUGAGGAUUAUUGUCAAGCAAAAAAAUGUACUAUAAGCAUUUGUUUAAUAAUAAUUAUAUCUGUAAUAUGUAUCAUGUAAGCCCAAAACCUGUUAAAUUGGGCCAUCCGUAUUGACAUUUUUCUGUCCCAAAAAAAUCUCAGUUAUUUCUGCUAUGUGAAUAUGCAAAUAUGUUUUACCCAUGUUUAAAUGGAACUGACUGAUUAAAAUACUGUAAUUAUUUAACAAAAAACAUAAGGUAAAAAUUAAAAAAAGUCAAUACCUUAAAUAACAGUGGCAUUGUUUUAAUAUGUUCUAUACCAUUUUUAUUACAAUAUAUGAUAUAUAUGUGCACUUCUAAAUAUGUCCUCACAUACUUGGGAGAAGCAAAGAAAUUUUGUGUAAAAAAAAAAAAACUUUUAUUAAGCACACAAGUCUAAAAUGAAACUGCAAGCUAAAUGCUUUUUGUAUGUACCUAAGUGCAACUAUGUAAUGCUUUAUCUAUUUUCUUGGAAAUAAAUAUUUUCCUAAAGAAAAA